UAUUCAUUCGGGAACAAGGCACCUCAGACGGAGGAACCUUCGUUUUAACUGAAGAACUUCACCGUGAGACGAGAUGUUUCAGAUUAAAAAGAUUUGCUGUAUAGGUGCUGGGUAUGUCGGAGGUCCGACAUGUAGUGUCAUUGCAAGCAUGUGUCCCGAGAUCACAGUAACAGUGGUGGAUGUUAAUGAAUCCCGGAUCAAAGCCUGGAACUCCGAGACCCUGCCCAUCUAUGAGCCGGGUCUGAAUGAGGUGGUGAUGUCUUGUCGUGGGAAAAACCUCUUCUUCUCCACAGAUAUCGACUCUGCCAUUAAAGAGGCCGAUCUGGUCUUCAUUUCUGUAAACACCCCGACUAAGACGUACGGUAUGGGCAAAGGUCGUGCUGCUGACUUGAAGUUUAUCGAGGCAUGUGCACGGCGGAUUGUGGAGGUGUCAGAUGGGUAUAAAAUUGUUACAGAGAAGAGCACGGUGCCGGUCCGUGCCGCUGAGAGCAUCCGCAGCAUAUUUGAUGCAAACACCAAACCCAGCCUCAACUUACAGGUUCUCUCUAACCCAGAGUUCCUUGCGGAGGGUACGGCAGUGAAGGAUCUGAAGGACCCAGAUCGCGUCCUGAUUGGUGGAGAUGAGACUCCAGAGGGUCAAAGGGCCAUCAGUGCCCUCUGUGCAGUUUAUGAGCACUGGGUCCCCAAAUCACGCAUAAUCACCACCAACACCUGGUCCUCUGAACUUUCCAAACUGGCAGCGAAUGCGUUCCUGGCUCAGCGCAUCAGCAGUAUAAACUCCAUCUCUGCCCUGUGUGAAUCCACUGGUGCUGAUGUUGAGGAAGUGGCCAGAGCCAUCGGCAUGGAUCAGCGCAUUGGCAGCAAGUUCCUCAAAGCCAGCGUGGGUUUUGGAGGAAGCUGUUUUCAGAAGGAUGUGCUGAAUUUGGUGUAUCUGUGUGAGGCUCUGAAUCUCCCAGAGGUUGCUUCAUACUGGCAACAGGUAAACUUCAAUUUAAAUAUUUAUAAGAGAAAGAGAUUUGCCUGUCGGAUCAUUGACUGCCUGUUUAACACCGUUACAGGGAAGAAAAUCGCCUUGUUAGGUUUCUCCUUCAAGAAGGACACAGGAGACACCAGAGAGUCCUCCAGUAUCUACAUCUCUAAGUAUCUGAUGGACGAAGGAGCUAAGCUGCAUAUUUAUGACCCUAAAGUGCUGAAGGAGCAGAUAAUCCAGGAUCUGUCUCAACCCAGCAUCUCCGGAGACAACCCCGAGAGAGUGUCUGAUCUUGUAACGGUGUCGUCAGACCCCUACGAGGCGUGUGAAAGUGCACACGCCCUGGUCAUCUGCACGGAGUGGGACAUGUUUAAGGAAUUGAAUUACGAGAAAAUCUAUCACAAGAUGUUGAAACCAGCGUUUAUCUUUGAUGGUCGACGAGUUCUGGACCAUCUGCACCCUCAGCUCCAGAACCUUGGCUUUCAGAUCGAGACCAUUGGAAAGAAAGUGACGACCCGAAUCCCCUUCACACCAUCCGGAGGAGGUCCACGACUCAAUGAACCACCCAGCAAGAAAACCAAAGUUUAAGACACAGACUCACACACAUGUGCACUUUACACGGAUUAAAGUCUUUUGCUGACAAAACCAAAGUAAUGCGUGACCUUUGCUGGAAAACAAUGCAUGUGCUGUGUGUGUGCUGAACCAUCUUCAGAAUGUUUUUAUACGAGUUUUAUCUCUCAUGGCCGUUUGCAAAAAUGCAGUGAUUUACUGUUUUAAACACUUUGUCGUUGAUGUCUUAGUUUUUUUAAAUCAUCGUUCUUGCAUUUUUUUUUUAGAAUGUUCUCAUGUCUGUGCCUUUUAAAAAAAUUGUUGAAACAUCUAUAGUGCACAAAACUGCAUUUCAGCAUCCCAGUACCGUUUAGUAGUAUAUUAGUGUUUACAGUUAUUAGUGUUAUAGAUGUUAUUGGCAAAAUCAUCUACUUAUUUGAGAGCGAUGUCUGAGGGAGCAGCAACAGAAGGAACUUUAAUAUUUGGACCAAGGGGACAGAAAAACUGCUAUAAAACAUUUGCCUUAAAAACAUUUGGCAAUGUGAUACCAAUAGUAAAUAGCUGUUUGUGUCACCCAGUUAUUAAUCAUUUAUUAAUCCUCUGGUAUGUAUUGUUUGACCUGUACUGUGUAUCUUAAUGUAGCGUCACAGUUGUAGCUUUUAUAAAAUCAUCUCUUACUGUACAGGUUUGUAAUGGUCAUGUACAAUGAUGGCAGAAAACGUAUUAAACAAAUAUGGACCAAUAAAAA